UUUCCCUAAAAUUAUGUAGCAUUGCUCCCGACAAGGGACUAUGCACAUAUGUUAUCUAAAUUCUAUCUUUCCAUUCAACUAUAAUUAAAAUUAAUAGAUAGAUGAAUACACAGUGAGAAUAGAUACGUUUUUAAGUCCCCCCGUCCCCAUUUUUGAACUUAAAUGGAAUCACAGUGCCUGUGUCUGGCUUACUUCUCUCAUUCAGCAUUAUGUUUUGAGGAUUUAUCCAUGUUGGUGAAUUGAGCUAUAGUCUAUUCAUUUUUACUGCUGUAUUUCACAGCAUUCACUCCAUCUCCAAAGCUGAAGGAGAUGGCAAAAUUUGAGUUGAAGGUUGGGGGUAAGUGGGUUAGGGCAGUGAGCUCUCCCCAGCUCUAUUAGGCCUGGGCACUUCUGGUCCAGCCACCAGCCUCCCCAAGCGUUCCAGCCUCUGCUGCAGGGACAGGCCACAUGGCCUCUUCUUCCUGUAGAUCUUGCCAUGUUUUGGUGCUGAUCUGAACUUGGCCUCCUCCUGAUGCUCAAGGGACAGGGAAAAAAAUGGUCACUUUGGAGCUGCCUUCCUGAGGAAAUGGAAGCAGAGGUCAGGAGCUUUCCACUGGAGGCAACGGGAGAUGGGCAAUCCCAUUUCCUAACAUUCUAAGGGCUCUGGAGGCCCUUAGACAAGGACAGGAGAGAUGGCAUUUCAGGAAGGUCCUUGCUAAGCUGGCUUUCCAAGGCACCUGAGUUGGGGUGGAGGUGGGAAAUGACAGGGGGCAGCCAACCAGCUCUGGCCCCUAUUUGCAUAUUCAUAAGCUCCCCAUGCUGGUUGGCUGCGUUAAGCAACCUGUACUGUCCCCUGCACCUCCCACCCCCCCACCCCCGUCCCAUCAGGGCUGGGUCUGUCAGAUGGUGCCUUGCACUGAGAAGAGAAGGGCAAGAGGCUCCCCUUGCCCAGCCACACACCAGGCCCACCUGGGGAGGAAGCAGGAAAAGCAAAAUCACUUCCUGACCCAGGCCCUCUCUGCCUAAGAUUGGGUCCUCCACUACUAGGGACUGGACCUUUCUGCAGACUUCUCUGCACCUGCCCAAGAGUUCUGUAAGCCCUGGAACCUCCGCAUCUGCAUCCUUCUCCAGGAGCACUGAUUUGCCCUUCAGAGUGAGGGGCAGUCUCUCUGGCUCAUUCCGUGUGCACCUCCCACUGAGGAGGCAAAGCGGGCUCCCCAAACCCUUGGCUUCUUCACAGAGCUCUGAGCAAGUGCCUGGGAAGCCAAACGAUGGCUCGAAACCCAAUCUUGCUUUCUCCUCAGUCCCAGGCCUGCUCCCACCUGGCAGAACAUGGUAUGGAAGGUGAGAGAAGCCCAUUCUCCAGAGAGCUGGGUAGAGACUCCCCAUCUCCCUUGGGCCAGGUGCUCAGCUCUGGCCUCACUGACCCUGGCUGGUUUUGGGAUGACCACAUCCAGGUGAAGAGAGCCAGAGUGGAAACCAUCGUCCAAGGCAUCUGUCUCUCCCCCAGUCCUCUGGUCCCAGGCAAUGCCCGAGCCAGGAGUAGCUCAUACUCCUUAGAGAAGACCCCGGAGCGGAAGAGGAAGCAGAGCGUCCCUGUGCAACAAUUCCCCCUGCAGCCAGGCCCUGCCAGGAACCGGACCAACUGGGAGGGGAGCCCCAGGGUGAGAGAACAACUUCACCAGCUGAAACAACAGCUAAGGUGUCUGCAGGAGCACAUCCUGCAGGCUGCUAUGGCCGGGAGUGCAGCUCAGGGGCCAGGAUGCUUGGAGCCAGGGAAAGACCCUCUGAAUGGAAAGCAGAGGAAUGGCUGCAGACCUCGCCCCUGGGCUGCCAACAGUGACCUCAGAGGGGCAGAAAAACACAGAGCGUCUGAGGUCCAACAUCUGUCUGAGGAGCUCAGAUCCCUUCCUUCUGGAGCACAGGGUUUGCUGGAGGUUCUGAAGAAAGAACUGACCGGGGCAGUGUCCCAGGCUGUGGACUCAGUAUUACAAAAUGUGCUGAUGGAUCCACCCAGCCACCUGACUCAGCAAGGCAGGAGCUUCCAGGGACUAGUGCCAGAGGGUAGAGGUGAGCCCUUUCCUCCUGGAGGAGGUGCCUAUAAAGACCUACAUGUUCUGGCCACCUUGCCUAGGAGGGUCCAGACACAAGCAGGGACCUCUUUGGGAAAUUCAUCACUGGCCAAGCCUCUAGAUUCUCCUAGAUACUCUGUCUCUCCAAGAAGCAUCCCCAAACCCUAUCACAGUCCCACAGCAAACUACCCUUUGAUGGUGCAUUCCCACAUUCAGGAAAAUCAGAUUCUUAACCAGCUACUGGGUCAGGGACCCAAUGGCCAUUGGAGCAGUGGUCCUCCCCGGGACUCGGCUCCCCAGAGGCACCCCUCCUUAGAGUCUGCCCUGUGUCCCUGGGUUCUGAGCCAGCCGUUCAGCGUGGCUGGUCUGGAGAGCCGGCCCCUCCUUCCCUCUGUGAAGAUGGAGCAGGGCAGCCUGCAGGCUGUACCAGAUGUACCUCCUUUCACUUCUGUCCACAUCCAGGAAGGCCUAAACCCUGGUCACUUGAAGAAGGCCAAACUCAUAUUUUUCUUCGCACGGUACCCCAGUUCCAGCCUCCUGAAAGCUUAUUUCCCUGAUGUUCAGUUCAACCGCUGCAUUACCUCCCAGAUGAUCAAGUGGUUCAGCAACUUUCGUGAGUUUUAUUACAUCCAAAUGGAAAAAUUUGCCCGGCAAGCAAUUUCAGAUGGUGUCACAAAUCCCAAAAUGCUGGUGGUUCUCCGCAAUUCAGAACUUUUUCGAGCUCUCAGUAUGCACUAUAACAAAGGAAGUGACUUUGAGGUUCCAGACUGCUUCUUGGAAAUCGCCACCUUGACGUUACAGGAGUUCUUCAGGGCUGUCUCCGCAGGGAAAGACUCAGAUCCUUCCUGGAAGAAACCCAUUUAUAAAAUUAUUUCGAAACUGGACAGUGACAUUCCAGAGAUAUUCAAAUCUUCCAGCUAUCCUCAGGAGCUAUUGCAGAGUUAAUAUCAAACAACAUGAGGAGUGACUGGCCAGAGUUUCCUGAGUUUGUCUUAAAUAGCAUUUUAGAUGUAGUCAUAUAAAAAGGGUACUAGGAACCUCCCCCAAUAGAUAGUUUCCAUUUUAAUCACUUAUUUCCCUUUGCAGAAUCAUCAAUUUUAACUUAACCAUAAAUACAUCAACUAAGUGUAAUGGUGUGUUGGUGGUAUACUGUAAAAUAAACCCAAGUUGGAAUCAGAAGACUGAAUCUCAACUCCACUGUUGCCAGGUGUUGUGACCCUGGGAACUUCCAGCAUUUCUGCAUCUGUAAAAUAAGGUUGUAAAGAUUCAAAGAUAAUAUGUCCUAAAGUGCUCUGUGAAAAUGGCACAAAUGUUUCUCCCCUUCUCCCAGUUUUUAAUAAGGUCAUCUUAUAUGGGUUUUUAUAAAUGGCUGUUUUUUUAUUUUAGUUACCUAUAUAUGAAGCUUCACCUGUUUGCUAGAUGUUUUCGCAUAUAGCAUCUUUUAAGAUUUUUUACCCUGAAAAGCAAUUAUUAUCUUCAUUUUUAAAAUAACCACACAGAAGUUUGUGAACCAUGAGGUAACUCCCCAAAGGCGGUGAAGCUGGGACACUUGGGUUGGUAGGCACAACAGGAUUGUGAGCCAGACUGCAUGCUGGACUGGCACAUGCUGGCACUCGGGAUCCCAGAUGGGAAACAAUGCCUGUGGCACUGUCAUCUGAAAACCCCUACCUGGCAUUUAGGACUGAUGGUUUCAACAACCUCAACACAAACUGCCUGCAGAACUUGAGUGUUGCUAUUUGUUCACAUCUGUCUGCUGGGAGAGUCUGUCAGCUGGACAACCCAAGUAGUCUCUACCUGACCAAUGCAAUUGAUGCCUUAACUUUUUUUCAGUACUGGGUAUCAAACUCAGGACCUUGAGCUUGUGAGGCAGGUGGCAGCACCACUGAGCUAAAUCCCUGGCCCCAGUACCUUAACUUUUAUGGGCACAAGAAUAGAACUUCAAACUGUGAAAGCUAGAAAGAGUCUUAGGAAAUCUUCUGGCCCACCCUACUUAAAUUAGGGAGAAAAC